AUGGUGCCAUCACCCUCUUCAAACUCUGUUGCAAAGUCCUUAUAUCGUAGGCCUUUGGGUCGGGUUGCCCUCUUGAUUGCCAGCUUGCUAAUGUCUGCCAAGUCCUCCUCACUCUCGGCACGCACCAUUGACGACGACGACGAAUCAAGUGGCGUGGGUCCAUCCGACAAUGUCUGUGGAGCAAUAUCAGGUAGCGACUGA